GCGUAAAAAAUGUGCUUGGAGAUGAGGUGUAGGUCUUGGAGUAGUCGACUUUUAAAAAGCAUCCGCAACCAGUGAUAUGACGACUUCGCUGGUUCUGCAUCCAUGCUGGGCGGACACGUUGAUGUACGUAUAUGAAAAAAGCCCGAAUGAAAAUAAUCAGAAUAAAAACCAAUCCAUGGAGGGACUAAGCGGAAAUUGUCCUGCUACUCACUGCAGGGAACUGAUCUCGCACUCGGCGUUGGGACGACACUCCGGCAGCCUAAGCCACCAGGGUUCUGUGUACUCGGACAUACCCUCCCAGGAUACAGGGCGACAUUGCCCCGCUACUCAGACUUCCUCCAGCGCCACCCUGGGUUAUGGCUACCCGUUCGGAAGCCCUUAUUACGGUUGUCGGUUGUCACACUCGCACAACGUUAACUUGCAGCAGAAGCCGUGCUCUUACCACCCUGCCGAGAAGUAUACAGAACCCAGCGCGGCGCUGCCCACGGAAGAGCUGUCAAGCAGGGCAAAGGAGUUCGCCUUUUACCCGAGUUUUGCCAGCUCGUACCAGACUGUCCCGGGUUACUUGGACGUGUCUGUGGUUCCCGGUAUCAGUGCGCACCCGGAACCGAGACAUGAGACUUUGAUUCCCAUGGAUGGCUAUCAGCACUGGGCUCUAUCUAAUGGCUGGGACGGACAGGUGUACUGUUCUAAAGAGCAAACACAGUCAACACAUCUCUGGAAAUCUCCAUUCCCAGAUGUCGUCCCUAUGCAACCAGAGGUCAGCAGCUACAGACGAGGCCGCAAAAAGCGGGUUCCUUACACCAAGAUCCAGCUGAAGGAGCUAGAGAAAGAGUAUGCAGCCAGCAAGUUCAUCACCAAAGACAAGAGACGUCGAAUAUCUGCCACUUCUAAUCUCUCCGAACGCCAGGUCACCAUCUGGUUCCAGAACCGGCGGGUGAAGGAGAAGAAAUUUGUCUGUAAAUCUAAAUCAAGCUCUCAUAUGCAUGCCACUUGAUUCAGUCCAAUCUCACUGGCAUGACAACUCAAAUACUUUUUUUAUCACAGAAACGCUCAAUAUUUAUAUUGACAGAAUUCUCACCUAUGAUGCAUUGCAAAACACAAACUUAAUCUCACCUCCCUAUUUGGAAAUAAACUGGGGGGAAAUACAGAAGAUUGAAUGAAAACUGGUUGGAACGAAUGAUCACAUCCUUUCAGGAGCAUCAAAAGCAAUACCAGCAUUGUUAGUAUAGCCUCAGACCUAUAAAUUACGGACGUUUGUGGCUGAUAAAGUAAACUGAGGUCUUUGGAGAUUUCAUACAGUGAUCUUGUUCAGACAUUUUCAGGUAUUGGACGCAUCAAGAAUGAUCUCACUUUUCAAUGAUAUUGUAUAUGGCCGUUUUAGUUUGAUCCCAAGGUAAUGAGCAAGGUUGCUAUUGUCUAUUGUACAGUGCCAUGCAUAUUUAAGGUUGUCUCCUGUGACAGGGGUUGUAAAUUGCUACAGACUAUUUUAUGGUUCUCAUAUUUUGAUCAUUUUUGUCAGUGAAGGAUAUGUCUCUGUAAUGCAACUGGAAUGAUUGUAAUCAGUAUAAGAAUAUUAAAAAGUAUUGCAUAUUAAUGCAGAAUCUUUUACCAUUUUGUUUGUAUAGUGAGUUAAGUCUUAUUGCAUUUGGGCUGUGCAUUCCCAUUGUAAGCCGUUUUAUUCCUUUUAUUUGGUGCAGUAUUUGAACUGUGGUGUGGCUCUUGAUCGAAAUUUACUCAAUGGAAACAUGUUUCAUA